GUGUACUAUGUAGUGUUACAUGUAUCAGAACAAUAGUUGAUGCCCUUGUUCUCUUCGCAUAAUGAUCCGUUCCUUUUAGUCCUUACUGACAGCAGCACGAGCUCCGCAAGACCCUCCGACCACGAGAUCCAGACCGCGCGGGAAUGGCUGGAAAAGCUGCAUACAAAUACCAUUCCGAAAUCAGUUGGCUCCAUAAGCUUUAGUCGAGCAUCAGGGCCAGGGGGUCAGAACGUAAAUAAAACCGAAUCUAAAGCUACCCUUAAAGUCCCCUUGGAGGCUCUACUGAAACAUGUCCCCUCCGCACUUCAUUCCGAGAUCAGGUCCUGCCGAUAUUAUGCUAAACGGACCGAUGCCUUGAUCUUCCAAGCAGACGAGAGUCGCAAACUGCACGACAACCUCGAUAGUUGUUAUGCAAAACUCCACCAGGUGGUGCUCGAUGCGGGGAAAUCCGCUGUACCGGGCGAGACAUCUGCUGAACAGAAAAAACAUGUCAAGAGCUUACAAAAGGCCGACAAUGAACGGAGGUUGAAGGGAAAGAAGCAGCAUAGUUCGAAAAAAAGCUCGAGAAGGAGUCGAGGGGACGACUGAAUCUCGAUUGACGGCGAUUCGAAUGGAAAAUCCGUAGCAUAACUUCGCCCAGAUGUAGGUCCUGCCGAAUCGAAGAACUUG